GUGAACCGUCACGUCUGCAGCGCAGCGCGGCCCGAGCGUGUUGAACGUGGUUUCCCAACCCUGUCUGUGCAUCUAGGGAAGAGAGCAUGGCACGUAUCAGAGCCAAAAGGGUCAAAAGUAUGUCCUCAGAGUCACAACCACUACAGCAUGUCUAAAGUGAGUCCUGUUACCCAGCAUGCCCUCUCGCCUCAUACGCAAGCAGCCUCCCCAGAGACGCAGCAGUGAUGGUUUUUACUCCAUUUUUAAGACGCGCUGGAGCUGGGACCUUACUGAAAGCGAAAGGUCACAGUUUUGUGUGAGCGAUAGAUAAGCGCCUGAGCUCGUCGGCCAUCACGCUGCCUCAUCACCGGGACACAGCGGCUCCAUCAUGUCACGAAAACAGGCCGGGAAGCCCAUAAAGGCAAACAGGAAGUAUGAGUUAGAGAGGAAGAGAGACGAGAGGGCCGCCCGGCGGGCUCUGGCCAAAGACAAGAAGAACAGACCUCCAGGAGGAGACGACGGAGAGGAGUUUGUCAGCUUCUCCAACCAGCUUCAGGCUCUGGGGCUCAAACUGCGCGAGGUGCCUGGAGACGGGAACUGUUUGUUCCGGGCUCUUGGAGAUCAGCUGGAGGGACAUUCGAGGGGUCACCUGCGUCUGCGGCAGGAGACCGUACAGUACAUGACGGAGCACAGGCAGGACUUCGAGCCCUUCGUUGAAGAUGAUGUGCCAUUCACGCAGCAUUUGUCAAACCUCUCACAGCAGGGAACGUUUGCUGGUAACGACGCCAUCGUGGCCUUCGCCCGCAGCCAGCAGUUAAAAGUGGUCAUUCAUCAGCUCAACGCUCCUUUGUGGGAGAUAAAUGGUACAGAGAAGCCUUCAUGCCGCGAGUUACACAUCGCGUAUCGCUACGGAGACCAUUAUGACAGCGUCCGAAAGAUCGGAGACAACUCGGAGAAUCCGGCACAUCUGCGUAUAGAGAGUCUGAACAAUUCCAGACGCUUUGGAGACGGUCAGAAGGAACAGACGAGAGGCGCCUCUCCUUCACGCUGUCUCUCUGAAGAUGAAGAGCUGAUCUUGAGCAUUCUCUGUGCCGACGGUCAGUCGGACAAUCUGUGUCAAUCAAGCGCCACCUCACAGACGUGCCACGGUGAUUGGCUGGAGUCGGAACUGAACAACCAAUCACAGAGAGACUGUGCCUCAGGGACACGCCCUUUAUGUGAAGGCACGCAGGCUGAAUGUAGCGAAAACACGUCGUCAACAGAGGGCAGCAUCUCCCAUAAACCCAAGCUUUCUAAUAAACAACGGAAAGAGCAACAGCGCCUAGAAAAGAAGAAACGUCAGGAGGAAAGACACAGACAGAAGGUUUUACAGGGCAGGGGGUCACAUGAUCAGAAUCAGAACGUAGCAGAAGUCGUCACUCUUGUGCCAGUGCUCAACACCCUGAGCAUCUAGAGCAAACAUGGGAAACCGUUUUAGGUGGUCCACACACUGUGUAAUGAUCCAGAACCUUAUCAUUUAAAUGUACAGGGAAUGUGUUGUAUGAUCGAGGGUGCGUCAAGAAGCGUCGGGAUGCACGCUGUGCUUGAGAUUGCCGGGAGAUUCUUCUUCUUUUUUUUUUUUUUUUUUGCAUUGAAUAUAGUCAAACAUUAAGCUUCAUUGAUUUCAGUUGACCCAUCCGAGCUCAGCCAAAGCACAUUUUGGAAAGGGAAACUGAAAACUGAGAGGAGAAAGAGUUUAAGAUUAAUAACGGACCACUGUUUAAGCCUGUCGGGUUAAUUUGUUUAAAACGCUUUCAGUUCUAGUUCGAAUAAUCGUUGUUUUAAUUUAGCUUUUCAUUUUCCAACAGUCGGGCAACUUGAUCUUGAAAUUCUAUCAAUAAACUUUUCAAAUAUGA